AAUUGUAAUGAAAUCAGAAUAGAAACAAAAGCUGGCAUUGGUAAUAAUGCUUGCUGGUGCCUUACCUGUUGAGAGAAUAGCAGCAGGAAAUUACUGUUUCUGGUUGGCACUCAUCUCAACCUGUAGUGGUGAGGUGGUAUAGCCCCAGUCACCUGCUACUUACAUAGGAUCCUUUGCAACAAAGGAGCACUCCAAUUGCUGGCAAAGAAUUAAAAGUUAUCCCUGCCCUGGGCUCAGUACUGAACACAAACAACCAGAAUAAUAAAUGAAGUUGCCUAACGCCAAAUUAAAAGCACACACCAAAACCCUAUCAUUAAAAGUAAAUGUGGAGGGUACUCCACGUACAUAGUCGCCCCCGCCGCCCUUAUGACGCAACACCCUUAUUUCAAGAUGGAGAGAAAGGGAAGUUAGGAGUACUUCCUACACACCCUCUCCCAACACUAUGCCAGCAACUGAAAUUGGACCUAAGGGUAGCUGUUAUACGCUAUAUGGAGAACCAAGAUGCAGGUGCGGGACAGAAGCCUCUUAGUUUUGAGUCCAUGGAAGAUAUCCCGGAUAUCGACAGUGAAGAGACAUCUAAGUCUGCAGCCAUUGACAUGAUCAGCAAUGGUGUUUCCUUGUCUGGUAGUCCAGGAAGUGACAAAGUAACUUCAGCAGAUGAUGUUAUUGAAAAUGAAAUAACCAUAAACCAAGAGGUGAAAGAAGAUUUUGUUAAUAGUGUAGUACACGGUGAUGAAGUUACGGAGACAGUAGAUGUGUUUCCCAUUAAGGAUGACAAGAGUGACGAAGAUGAAAAGACGCAAGAGAUAUCCUGUGCUGAUGAUACUUCAGUGGAAGCAACAGCCAGUAAUGCCAAUAAUGUUGUAGCACAGGCAACUGAGGAAGGUAUCACUCAUUCAAUAUCCUUUGCACUCCGACCUACUGAGGCUAAGUCAUCUCCCAGAGAGGAAACAGAUUCCAAUAUUGAAGCAGACAAAGUAACCGAAUCACAAGAUUUGCAAGAAAAUAAACUCAAAGUUAAGAGUAAAACAAAGAAGGUUAAAAAAGCAUUGAGCAAAGAUUCACGGGACUCAGAUUCAUCUGUCUCCUCUAAGAAAAAAGACAAGAGUAGUAAAACACGAAUUAAAUCCAAGUUUGCUCCAGGUAGUUUUGAGUAUAUUGAAGAAAGACUAAGGGGUCUCAUGUUCUCUGGGUGGAUAGAGGAAAGGAAAUGGGUUGAAAAUCUAGCUGGGUAUCGAGAUAUUGUUGAAGUUGACGAUUGGGAGGUGGAGAUGAAUCAGAUCUUGAUGUGUGUAAUCAGAAGCAUACCUGGUGUACUGGAGGGGAAGAAGUGGAUAAAUAUAACACCGCCUUCUGCUAAGGAGCCCUGCUAUUGCCUGUGGACACUGCUACCAACACCUCCAAGUCCAGGGCAUUAUUGGUUUUCAGUCACAGGAGUUUCCUUGCAUCCACAGUUUGGUCUACGAGUCAUGCUAAGGAUAAUUAGGUAA